CGGGGACAUCCAGCGCUUCUACUGCCCGAGAAUGAGCCUCCGACACCCUAUACGCCGCCUCUCGUUAGAGGAACGCCUCGAUCGUUCGGCGUCUGUCGCGAACCUCGCGAUGCUGCGUUCACAUUGCGAGCCAUCCCACAUUCAGAUCCAGACGAUCAAAUGGCUUACAUUCCUCUUGGAGGCUUAUCUCAGAAUCCUACCACCGGAUGACAUCCCCACUCGCACGAGGAUCCUACACCAGCUGGAUAUCAACCGGUCCGUCCUUGCUCCCAUCCGCCGCCUACCCGUCGAACUCUUGUCCUACAUUUUCUCCCUCAUAGUGAAGGGAUCACCACUACGUACCGUAAACAUUUCCGCCACGCUCGCGCGCAUCUGCACAUCCUGGCGGGAAGUUGCGCGUGGGCAUGCGUCGUUAUGGACGACGGUGGUCGUGGACACUCCAAACGGCUUCGAUGAAUACCGCGAGCUGUUCCUUCCUCUGACGAAGGACAUGCUGCUCGAUCUUCGAUGCGAUAACCGUGAGAUCCUUGGGGAGUUGUGGGAUCGCAUGGCACCGUAUGCGUCUCGCUGGCGCCGCAUCACACUCGAGGCUCGCCUUAGCAUGCUCUCAGAUCUCCAAGUCGUCUACAUGGAGAGACUCGAGCGUUUGGUCGUCUUUGCAUACGACGCGCCUGUCUCCACGGAGCUCAGUGUUCUCGACUUCGUCGUCGCACCACGCCUUCGCCACAUCGCGCUAACGCUUGACGAACUGCAGAGCGAGCGUCAGCUACACGUCCCUGUGGCUCGGAAACUUACGUCCUUGGUCAUCGAGGCGAUGUCGCCAUUUCCUAUCACUCACACUCUGCCUCUCUUACAUGCGUGCGCAGACACGCUGCAGUCGCUCACUAUCAAAGUACGGCACCCCUUGGAAGGCAGCGAAGGUUCAUACCCGACAAGCACGUCUGACACCUUCGUCAUGAAGGCCCUUACCUUCCUCAGCCUCAUCGAUCCCGCAUGCGCGCUUCUCAAUCACAUCAGUGCCCCGCUCGUCCGGGAGCUCAUCCUCGGUAAUGUGCCUGCGUAUGGUACGCAAUCCCUACUUGGAUAUUUGACGCGGAGUCGGGCCUCGCGUUCACUACGCAUCCUAAGGAUCUAUAGUGUGGAAGAACGAGACAUAUACGCCUGGAUCCCCUGCCUUCAACUCAUGGAUAGCCUCAUAGCCAUGCACUUCGACGACCUGCUGUCAAAUCGAGAAUUUUUGAAUAUUAUGGUCCGACGCGCGGACAAGCCUGUGCUACUACCUUCGCUGAAGGCCCUCGCCCUUGAUCGAGUGGAUGAGGAGCAUGGGGAGCUUCAGGGAAUUAUUGAUGAAAUGUGUGUAUCGAGGGCGAAGCCAACGCGAUUUCCAGGAUGUGAAGAAGCGUAUGAGUUGCUCGGUUGGAUUAGGGAGGAUGAAUUUGGAAUCCGUUGGAGAUAACAAUUGAAUGUCCAGGCUGACCACCGUCAUGAUACAGAUGCCGUCUCUUCAAACCUUUGUAUCUUCACGUACGCGUCUUGUCGCCUCGGCGUCGGGGUCCUCGCCGCGAAGGUAUGGACGCUCUUGAGAGGCAUCGCAUUGAACUCUUCGGGGGU